AUGGCGUCCAGAGAUGCAAGUAAAAUAAACCUUAUUCAUAUCAAGCAAUAGGCCUGUCCAUCCCAGAUUUGUUGGGGCUCCUAAGUUCUCAAAACAGGGGUUUGUGAAACUCGACUCGUAGACAUUCAGAAUUUUAGAGCCAAGAUUUGGUUAGUAGAUUCCAUCAAUAUUCCCAAGCUUCCAAAUUCGCUGAAUCUUUUUGUGCCACAAUUGCUUUGCUCAUUAAUAGAUGGUAUAUCGAUGUGAGAUAGAGUUGCUUCAAGUAUGUUUAUGUUGUGCACAGUUGUUUUAGUUAUCUAAGCAUCUCUAAAUUUGAUUUAAUGUAUUUUAUAUCAACUGGCAAGUAAUACAUAAGUUUUCAACGAUUUCCAAAGAUUUCCAAAGACUUCAGCUUCUUAAAUGCAAAAAUGCAAAAAUACAAAGCUCCUAAAGAACAGAGACUACCUGAGAGACAAACUAUAUAUGGAUCCUGAAGUCUGACCCAAACAGAUGGUGACUUCCCCCGACUCUUUACAGGCUCAAAAUUGAUAUGGAGAAUACCAAAAGCCAAUUGAAUGGGCUUUUCAGAGAUUCAACUCAACAAAGUUUCAGAAACAAUUCGUUCACUGAAGUGUUCAAGAUCUUUCAAAAUCGAUUAUGAAAAAGACCCAGACUAAACCUCCGAUUACUAAUCAGAAAGUAGAGACUCUAGAGACUAUAGAAUUGAUCCAAGGAGUUCAAGAGUGAAUUCUAGUUCAAUCAUCAGUGCAAGACAAUUCUCUCGAAAUCAAUAAAACUGCAUCAAAACUUGUAAAUAUGUUGCAGAGAACUCUGAUGCCUCCCCCAGAUCCCAAAGUUAGCCCUUUAAAUUGUAAAAGAAGUAUUGGAGACCAAUCGGAGCUUCAAAAGGAACUAACUAAACCUGAGAAUUUUGUAGAAAAAGACACACAACUGAAGUCAAAGCUUCAAAUUGAAGAAGACAAGCAAGCUCAGCCUGACAAUGACUUCGGAGUUGAAGAAGCUGAUGAGAAAGCCCAGUUCGAUUUUCCUCUUUCACCUAAAAGCAAAAGGAGAAUGAUUAGAUGGGGCAAAUGCCAAGAUAAGAAACUCUUUGCAGCUAUUAGAUCUCUUGAGAAGCAAGGGGUUCUCCAGCUUGAAAGCCUCCUCGCAAUGAAUGCUGAAACUGAAACCGACAGUAACCAAGGAGUGGCAGCUUUGGCUGAGAAGAUCCAGUGGAAAUGCAAAUUUAAAAAUUUGGUCUACAGAGUCAAGAAAUUAAGUAACAAGAAGUUCUCCUUUAGAGAAGUCAAGGCUUUAAAGAGAAUCAUCAAGAAAGAGUACCAAGACAAGCCAAUUGAUUAUGAUAAAGUUUUGUAUCACUUCCCAGGCAAGAGCAUGGAUAAAAUGGUGAUUACCUGUAGUCACAUCAAGGAUUGUAUCAAGAACAGAUCAUUGUCUCACUUUGAGAGCGAGUAUUAGAUUCUUAUCCAAAUAUUUUACUCAA